AUGCCAGGCGCGCUGCUGCAGCGGGAGGAGCGGUCUCGCGAGCGGGUGGAGGAGAAGCUGCGCCUGGCUGAGGAGCGGAUCCGCGGCAUGGAGGAUGACGCGAAGAAGAGGGAGCUGCAGUUCGAGCAGGAGAAGCGGGAGCUCAUGGACAUGAUCGUCGAGAAGGAGGAGGUGCUGGCCUACGAGCAUGCGCAGCUGGACACGCGGGUGCAUGAGGUGUCCUCAAUCAUCGAGGCGAGGAGGGUAGGGUUAGACUUUGGAGGCCUCGGAGCGCUGGCCUGCGCCCCGGUGCCGCUGAUGCCCUCGCGGUUCAGCUUCAGGCGGGAGAUGUUCAGCUUCUGGGCCACCGAGAGCAUGGUGUCGGCGCCCGCGGGCGGGGAGGAGGACUACUUCGGGAAGAUCGAGCAGCGGCCCGCCUUCAUGGGAGGGCACUCCUCGCUGUACCUGGCCGGCGUGCCCGGCCUCGUGGGCACCAGCUCGCAGGUUUGGCCCUGCUUUCCCUGGCAGUACUGUAACUUCAAGGUCUUCGACUGCACUGGCCAGCUCAUGUACCAAGGGGAUGUCAUCGAUGUGGACAGCACCUCGCAGCCAGGCAAGAAGGCUCAGGUCUACAAGCUGCUGCAUGGUGAUCUCAGCGUGCUGGGCAAGACCUCCGCGCUGCCCUCACUGCUGCCGCGCAUGGGCGGCAUCAACGCGCCCUCGGAGAGCUUGCUGAGGGUGCACGAUACCGGGGAUGUGACGGUGAUGGACCUCUCCAAGGACGCCAACCAGCUGGUGGUCACCCACUGGCACGGCGUGGUCACCGCUCCAGGGAUGGAGGGCUACAAGGGCGCCGCCUCCUCCGUGCCGCUGGCGGACCCACGGCUCAUCGCCUUCCUCAUCAGCAACCAGUUCCGAAACAAAGGCGUCUUCGGGCCCGUGAUCAACUUCCUCCUGGUGCUGUGUGCUGCUGCGGCGCUGGCCUACCUCAUCUUCAAAUGUCGCCGGGGGGAUUUCCAGGGCCGCGAGGACGAGGACGCGUACGACCUCAGGGAGUUGAAGGACUUCGUGUCUGUCUCUGAUGGCUCUCCUUUGCUGGAGGGCGGCUGCUGUGCUGGCAACCGCCCCAAGCGUUGCUCGCCCGAAGGCGGCUCAGAUCGAUUUCCAGAGUUUCGGAGCUCCGAAAAUCGGAGCGACCCUUGGCGAGAUCUUGCGAUGCGACAGCAGUUCGUGGGUACCCAGUCCAUGGAGCGGGACCUGGCACGGAACGAGAACUUGCGACUCAGAGAGCGGGUCAAGCAGCUCAACAUGGUCCACAAGCGCCUGGAGAGAGAGGUCUGCGAGCUCCUGGACGAGCGCGAGGCGCUGAAGCGCUUCAUCGCCAAGGGCCAGCGGGUGUCGUCGCCUCGAGGCCGUCCUGUCUCUUCGACUUCCUCGUCCCGUGCAUCCUUAGGCGUCAACGUGGACCGCCUCCUGGAGGCGAAGAACGGGGCUCACAAGAACGGGGAUACUCCACAGGAGGACUGCGAGGGGAUGCUCCAAGAGGACAGCCCCGAGUCCGGCGCGCGAGCCCGCUGCAGCAGCCAAGAGCUGCUGCGGCAGCUUAAGCGGCAGGGGUACGCGGCCACGCGCGCCGCCAUGGCGCCGGCCCGGCGAGCAGAGCCAGGCGACAGAGGCGCGCCGGGCCUCGCGGAUCUGAUGGCGUUGCCCAAGGAGACGCCCAGACCCAGACAGCCGCAGUGCCGGGAGGAUGUGCUGCAAGCCUAUGCAGAGUACUACGAGGCCUACAAGCAGCGUCAACAUGAUGCUGACAGUCCGUACAAGUAG